AUGGGGUUUGGGGUUAACCUCUCUAUAAAGCGCCGAAGCCUUUUCUUUUCCCCCGACUUUCUCCCGAGUGCUGCCAAGUACGAGGCCGCCGGCGAGCUCGAACACGUCAAGGGCAUCAUCAAGUGGGGCACCGACUACCUCCUCAAGACCUUCAACUCCUCUGCCGACACCAUCGACAGCAUCGUCGCACAGGUCGGCGAAGGAGACACGUCGAAGGGGCCAGAUGCUAACGACCACUACUGCUGGAUGAGGCCGGAGGACAUCGACUACACUCGGCCGGUGUACGAGUGCCACAGCUGCUCCGACCUCGCCAGCAAAAUGGCGGCGUCGUUGGCUGCUGCUUCGAUCGUGUUUAAGGACAGCAAGACCUACUCCGACAAGCUCGUCCAUGGCGCCAAGACUCUGUUCCAGUACGGAAGGCUACAGAGGGGCAGAUACAGCCCUGGAGGCACUGAUCCCGCCAUCUUCUACAACUCCACCGGUUACUGGGAUGAGUUUCUGUGGGGCGGCUCAUGGCUCUACUUUGCAACUGGAAAUUCCUCCUACCUCCAGCUCGCCACUGCUCCAGCCCUGGCCAAGCAUGCCGGUGCCUUCUGGGGAGGACCGGAUUAUGGAGUCUUCAGCUGGGACAACAAGCUCACUGGAUCUCAGGUUCUUCUCAGCAGACUCAGACUGUUCUUGAGUCCUGGUUAUCCCUACGAAGAAAUUCUGAGCACAUUCCACAACCAGACGGGCAACAUUAUGUGCUCAUACUUGCCAUUUUUCAAGUCAUUUAAUCGAACCAAAGGUGGCUUGAUCCAACUAAACCAUGGACAUGUUUUGAGAGAGGAGAAAAUGGCAUCGUCUGCUAAUAGUUUGUGCAGGGCAGAACUGGAGAGUAGGGGGUUGAAAUGGCGGUCAAUGAGGACUUUUGUCGAUGACAUGUUUUGAUGGAGCAAGGAGGGC